GCAGCCCGGAGCCGCGGGCAGCCGGGGAUUGGCACCGCGGGGCACGGCGGCCCGACACCCACCCGGGGCUGCGUGUCCCCGAAGGGAUUUGAAGCUGAGCCAAGCGAUGGAAAUGUCAUUGUCGCGGCACGGGAGCCCGGAGAAGUGAGCGGCUGGGACACCUCUGCUCCGCGGCUGGAGAGCCGGACGGUCCCGAAAAACCAGCACGGCCCUGGGCAGAGGGGGCAGCAAGUGGGGUUUGCCCCAGGCUGCAAGGGCACAGGGCAACACCUGGGGGCCGGGAGCUGUCCCACCACCCACCUGGGGUUUGGGACACCAGCCUUUCCACCGGACUCUGGGACCCAUCUGAGCCCGAUGAGGACCUGGGGCUGUGUGUGAACCUAUGCAGACCAGGAAGAAAUACAUUUUCCUGACUUUCCUCGCCUCUUGGCUUCUGCUUUUCUUCUUUGGAGGAGACCAGCUGCGCCGUUUCGCUUUCUUCUCCGGGAGGAAAGCCGAAGCCCGGAGGAACUGGCCCCGCUGGACGGAUCGGUCCCUCCUCAAAAACUUUGCAGACCCCGAGGAGCUCCAGAGGGAUGGGGACCCCUCCCUGCUGUCCCCCCAGGAGCGGCGGGUGGCGUGGCUGAGCGUCUACAAGAGCAGCAGAUGCCGGAUGGAAUCCUGCUUCGACUUCUCCAGGUGCCAGAGGAACGGCUUCAGGGUGUUCACCUACCCCCGGGAGAGAGACCGGCCCAUCUCGGAGAGCUACGGCAAAAUCCUGGCCUCCAUCGAGCGCUCCCGCUACUACACCCCAAACCCCGAGGAGGCCUGCCUCUUCAUCCUCGGCAUCGACACGCUGGACCGCGACCACCUCUCGGCUCAGUACGUCCGCGACGUCGACGAGAAAAUCCGCGGCUUCCCGCUCUGGAACGGCGGCCGGAACCACCUCAUCUUCAACCUCUACUCGGGCACCUGGCCCAACUACACCGGGGACCUGGGCUUCGACAUCGGCCACGCCAUCCUGGCCAAGGCCAGCUUUGACACCGAAAGCUUCCGGCCCGGCUUUGACGUCUCCAUCCCCCUCUUCUCCAAGGACCACCCGCAGCGCGGCGGGGACAGGGGGUGGUUGUCUCAGGACUCGGUCCCCCCGAGAAAGAAGUACUUGUUGGUGUUCAAGGGGAAGCGGUACCUGACCGGCAUCGGCUCCGGCACCCGGAACGCCCUGCACCACAUCCACAACGGGAAGGACAUCAUCUCCCUCACCACCUGCAAGCACGGCAAGGACUGGGAGAAGCACAAGGACAGGCGCUGCGACAAGGAUAACGUCGACUACGAAAAGUUCGACUACCAGGAGCUGCUGCACAACUCCACCUUCUGCAUCGUGCCCCGGGGCAGGCGCUUGGGCUCCUUCCGCUUCCUGGAGGCUCUGCAGGCUGCCUGCAUCCCCGUGCUGCUGAGUGACGGCUGGGAGCUGCCCUUCGCCGAGGCUAUCGACUGGAGCAAAGCUGCUGUCGUGGGCAGUGAGAGGCUCCUGCUGCAGAUCCCUUCUGCUGUCCGCUGCAUCCACCCGGAGCGCGUGCUGGCUUUCCAGCAGCAGACCCAGUUCCUGUGGGAUGCAUACUUCUCCUCCGUGGACAAGAUCGUGCACACCACGCUGGAGAUCAUCAAGGACCGUCUGUCUCCGCACCGUUCCCGCUUCCGCUUCCUCUGGAACACGCUGCCCGGGGGGCUCCUGGUCCUGCCCGACUUCUCCACCCACCCAGGGGAUUUUCCCUUCUACUACCUGCAGCACGGCUCCAGCCCCUCCGAGAAGUUCACGGCCUUGAUCCGGGUGGUCUCACAAGCGGGUUCCCUCUCCCAGCCCUUCCUCAGGCUCAUCCAGGCUGUCUCUGGAUCCCAAUACUGUGCCCAGAUCCUGGUGCUGUGGAGCUGCGAGAGGCCACCACCACCGAGCGGGAAAUGGCCCCAGACCACCGUGCCUCUGACCAUCAUCCAGGGCAGGAGGAAGCUCAGCGACCGCUUCUUCCCCUACACGGCCAUCCAGACGGACGCAGUGCUGAGCCUGGACGAGCACACCAGCCUCUCAACCAGCGAGGUGGACUUUGCCUUCGUUGUGUGGCGCAGCUUCCCCGAGCGCAUCGUGGGCUUCCCGGCCCUGAGCCACUUCUGGGACCCCGAGCAGGGGCGCUGGGGCUACACCUCCAAAUGGACCAACGAGCUCUCCAUCGUCCUCACCACCGCCGCCUUCUACCACAGGUACUACCACAGCCUCUUCACCGAGUACCUGCCGGCGGGGCUGCGGGACCUGGUGGACGGCCUGGCCGCCUGCGAGGACAUCCUGAUGAACGUCCUGGUGGCCGCCGUCACCAAGCUGCCCCCCAUCAAGGUCACCCAGAGGAAGCAGCACAAGGACACGGCGCCCCAGCAGGUGAAGGGCACGGCGGGGGCGGCCGGCAGCCGGCGUUUCUCCCAGCGGCAGGACUGCCUCAACCAGCUGGUGGACUGGUUUGGCCACAUGCCCCUGGUGUCCUCCCAGCUGCGCCUCGACCCCGUCCUCUUCAAGGACCAGGUCUCCGUCCUGCGCAAGAAAUACCCACGCCUGGAGAGACCCUGAGGGCUGCCGGGGUGCUCUGGGUGCCCUGCUCCCGGUGCACGGAGCCCCUCUGGGAGCAGAUGGUUGCUGCUGCUGCUGCUGCUGCUGACGGGGUUUUACUCGUUAUUGGGUUUUACCAGUGCAAUAAAGGAGGGUGGAGAGGCAGAGUCUGUGGCUGCAGAAGGUGGGGGAUGCACUGGUGUUCGAGUGCACCAUUGCU